AUAUGCCGAAUUUCAAAGGAUUUAAUAUACCCGAUUUGAGUGGUUUCGAUUUCACAAAUAUUCCGUGUAGCGACAAAGAGAAAAAAGAGCAAGAAUACAAGGCGCUGCAGGAAAAACAUGAUGCAGAGGUCGAGGUCUUGACGGAAAAAUUUGAUGGCUUGAAAAAAGAGUUAGAACAACAAUCCAGAAAAUCCAAUGAGACGCUAAAUGAAGUAAAGAAAAGCUGCGAGCAGACAUUAAAGGAUAACCAAGGGAGAGAAGAACGGCAACGUGAGACGCAGCAGGAGGCACAUAAUACAGAAGUCAAGAUCUUGAAGAAAAAAUUAGUCGAUUUGAGAGAAGAGUUAGAUCAGCGAUCCAGGAAUUUCACAACAACGGUAGAGGAAGGAAAGAAAAGCUGCGAGAAGACAUUGAAAGAAAACAAGGAAAGAGAAGACCGGGAACGUGAGACGCUGCAGGAGGCACAUAAUACAGAAGUCAAGAUCUUGAAGAAAAAAUUAGUCGAUUUGAGAGAAGAGUUAGAUCAGCGAUCCGGGAAUUUCACAACAACGGUAGAGGAAGGAAAGAAAAGCUGCGAGAAGACAUUGAAAGAAAACAAGGAAAGAGAAAACCGGGAACGUGAGACGCUGCAGGAGGCACAUAAUACAGAAGUCAAGAUCUUGAAGAAAAAAUUAGUCGAUUUGAGAGAAGAGUUAGAUCAGCGAUCCAGGAAUUUCACAACAACGGUAGAGGAAGGAAAGAAAAGCUGCGAGAAGACAUUGAAAGAAAACAAGGAAAGAGAAGACCGGGAACGUGAGACGCUGCAGGAGGCACAUAAUACAGAAGUCAAGAUCUUGAAGAAAAAAUUAGUCGAUUUGAGAGAAGAGUUAGAUCAGCGAUCCGGGAAUUUCACAACAACGGUAGAGGAAGGAAAGAAAAGCUGCGAGAAGACAUUGAAAGAAAACAAGGAAAGAGAAAACCGGGAACGUGAGACGCUGCAGGAGGCACAUAAUACAGAAGUCAAGAUCUUGAAGAAAAAAUUAGUCGAUUUGAGAGAAGAGUUAGAUCAGCGAUCCGGGAAUUUCACAACAACGGUAGAGGAAGGAAAGAAAAGCUGCGAGAAGACAUUGAAAGAAAACAAGGAAAGAGAAGACCGGGAACGUGAGACGCUGCAGGAGGCACAUAAUACAGAAGUCAAGAUCUUGAAGAAAAAAUUAGUCGAUUUGAGAGAAGAGUUAGAUCAGCGAUCCGGGAAUUUCACAACAACGGUAGAGGAAGGAAAGAAAAGCUGCGAGAAGACAUUGAAAGAAAACAAGGAAAGAGAAAACCGGGAACGUGAGACGCUGCAGGAGGCACAUAAUACAGAAGUCAAGAUCUUGAAGAAAAAAUUAGUCGAUUUGAGAGAAGAGUUAGAUCAGCGAUCCGGGAAUUUCACAACAACGGUAGAGGAAGGAAAGAAAAGCUGCGAGAAGACAUUGAAAGAAAACAAGGAAAGAGAAGACCGGGAACGUGAGACGCUGCAGGAGGCACAUAAUACAGAAGUCAAGAUCUUGAAGAAAAAAUUAGUCGAUUUGAGAGAAGAGUUAGAUCAGCGAUCCGGGAAUUUCACAACAACGGUAGAGGAAGGAAAGAAAAGCUGCGAGAAGACAUUGAAAGAAAACAAGGAAAGAGAAAACCGGGAACGUGAGACGCUGCAGGAGGCACAUAAUACAGAAGUCAAGAUCUUGAAGAAAAAAUUAGUCGAUUUGAGAGAAGAGUUAGAUCAGCGAUCCGGGAAUUUCACAACAACGGUAGAGGAAGGAAAGAAAAGCUGCGAGAAGACAUUAAAGGAUAACCAAGGGAGAGAAGAACGGGAGCGCGAGACGCUGCAGAAGGCACAUGAUACAGAAGUCAAGAUCUUGGAGGAAAAAUUAGUCGAUUUGAGAGAAGAGUUAGAUCAGCGAUCCAGGAAUUUCACAACAACGGUAGAGGAAGGAAAGAAAAUCUGUGAGAAGACAUUGAAAGAAAACAAGGAAAGAGAAGACCGGGAACGUGAGACGCUGCAGACCGAACAUGCCGCUGAAAUUGAAUCAUUGAAGGAAAAGUUGAUGAAGGAAAAGCAAGUUUCAAUCGGCUUGGAGGAAAAAAUGAUUACGCAAACCACCGAAUGUGUUCAGAAUCUGAAGGCACAGAAGGAGCGCUGGGACAACAGACUAACCGAACAAACGGAACAGUCGAAGAAAGAACUCGCAAAAAUUACAGAACUAUACGAGACUUGCGUUGCCGAUAAGGAGAAGAAGGACAAGCAAAUAAAGGAACUACAAUCAUUUGGACGUAAAAUUAGCAUCCCUGAGAUACAAUAGAAAUACGCGUAUCAAACCCUUCGAGACGUGAAAUGAUUUCCUGAAUAUCACUAAUCGGUCGUUACUUUCAUUUCUUGUCAAAUAUCCGAGAAAUAACUUACUGUGUAAUAUAAAUUUUGUAAUAUUAUAACGUAGACAGUUUUUGCCAACUCGUCGAUGUCCGGUAUUGACAUUAUGUUUAUACUGCGUGGAAGAGAAGAAAAUAAAUAAAAAAAAUUU